GAUAUGGAAAGAUAAUAUAGCUAUCUAGGAGAAUAUUGUACCAUUCAUGCUUCAUUGGAAAAUCUAUUUUCGAAUAUGAUUUUUCCUUUAUUUUUGACUUCUUUAUUUGUUCUGGUGCGAAGUUUGGAUUACGAAUUAGUGACAGAUUACAGUGUGAAUGAUUGUUUGAUGGUAAAUAAUGGUCAAAGACAGAAUUACUACGCUCUGGAUACAGAUAAAUUUCCUUAUUGUGCCAAAUAUGAAGAUAAUGAUGUGACGAAAACUUGUGAUCCCAAUGAUGAUAAAUCCUGUGCUCCUGGAUUGAAAUGUGGCGAUAACAAUAAGUGCGAGCUUGAUUCAAGCUCUUGUUUCAAAUACUAUGCCGAUAUUGAAGGAAAUGAAAAUAUUCUGGAAUUAUUGUGGACACCUGACUGCCAAGAUGAUGGAACGUGGGCCCCCAAACAGUGCAAAGGAGGAAGUGCUGGAAGGUGUUUUUGUUAUGACAAAAAAGGAAAGAGGAUUUUUGGAGAUGCUUUCAGAGAAAACAGCGCCAAUAUGACUUGCGCUUGCAGUAGAAGAAAAGCAGAACUUCUCGACUCUUCAAACCCCAAUAAAAGGACUUAUGUGAGUUUCCAUUGUGAUUAUCAAGGAAAUUAUGAAGAACUACAAUGCGACAGUGGUCACUGUUGGUGUGUAGAGCCCAAAAGCGGAGAGCCUAAAUCAAUGUUAGUUCCUGAAAGUGCAAUGAAAUACUUACCAUGCUCUAAUAAACUGCAAGGUUCCCAAUAUUUGAGAAAGUGUGAAUCCCAGGCCUAUGCACAAACAAAAUUAAUAGAGAUAAUGAAGAGAUAUGGUACUACUUCUCCAAAUAUUCAGAUAAUAGCUUGUGGCAAUGAUGGUAGUUAUGGACCAUAUACAAUACAAAACCCAUCAGUGUACUGUGUGAAAAGGAAUAACGAAAAAAUGUCCUACCACCAAGAUAUAAAACAGCUAGGAAAAAUUAAUUGUAAUUGUGCUCAUGAUUCAGACUUGUACAGUCAAAUAGGAAAGCCAUUCUCUUUAGUCUGCAGUGAUAAUGGUAACUAUGUGCCCCUUCAAAGUAUUGUGGAAGGAGAUAAGGUGAAAAGAUUUUGUGUGGACAGCGAUGGAAAUAAGAAAGUGGACAAUGUAGAUGAGGACCAAACAAAUGAAUUUUGUAAUAAAUACUACGAUUGAUUGAAAUAAAAUUUAAUAUCAUCACUCA